AUGGAUCAGCCGCGGACUGGCGACCUUAACUGGCGCCUUAGUGCGCAUCCCAUCACUUUACUACUCUUUCUCGGCUUCAGAAUAGGCAGCUUGCUCAUGUACCUAUUUGGCGUCCUCUUCAUUAAUGAUUUUGUCUUGGUUUUCAUAUUCACCUUACUUCUUCUUUCUGCCGAUUUCUAUUACCUCAAAAAUAUCGCUGGUCGCCGCCUUGUUGGUCUUCGAUGGUGGAAUGAAGUAAAUACCUCCACCGGCGAUUCCCACUGGGUCUUCGAGAGCUCCGACCCCAACACACGCACCAUUAAUGGUACGGACAAGCGGUUUUUCUGGCUUAGUCUGUAUGCUACUCCGGCACUAUGGGUGGGACUGGCGAUUCUGGCCAUUGUUCGGCUUCAAAGCGUCAUCUGGUUGAGCUUGGUCGCCAUUGCACUUAUUUUGACCAUCACCAAUACUUUGGCGUUUUCUCGAUGUGAUCGUUUUAGUCAGGCGUCGACGUUUGCGAGUAGCGCUUUUGCGGGUGGCAUUGCGGGCAAUAUUACCAGGGGCAUGUUUGGAAGGCUAUUCCGUUAG